CUCUCCUGGCCACACCCUCCGCCUGCAGCUGCGGCCGCUGCCCUCUCUCCACGAGGCUGCCGGCUCCGACCCCCGCGCGGACGUAAGUCUCUCCUCCGACCCUCCGCCACCCUCUCCCCUCUGCCCAGGGCCCGGGCCCAGAUGUCGCCCUCCGGUCGCCUGUAUCUCCUCACCAUUGUGGGCCUGAUUCUCCCUACCAGAGGACAGACAUUGGAGGAGGCCACAUCCAUUUCUCUAGCAGACUCAACCACUGUGAAUAUUCAUGCCCUGACUCAAGCCCCAGACGCAGUUCACCCAGAACUCCAGUCCACCCCUCAGACUUCAACCCUGCAGGCUGGUGUAGAAACACCGACCCAGACCCAGACGACCCAGACGCAGCAACUGAAGGGAGAGACUGUGCUUCUAACCACAGACCCGGGGACGGAUGAGCGCAGCACGGAAGCUGAUCCCACCGAAGGCACCACACGCUCCAAGCAGUCUCCAGACAAGGACUUCACGACAGACCCCGCCCGCAGGCCCACUGAUUCAAGUGAGGACGAUCCCUUCUCCUAUGAUGAGUACACUCUCCGGAAACAGGGGCUGUUGGUCGCAGCUGUGCUGUUCAUCACAGGCAUUGUGAUCCUCACCAGUGGCAAGUGUAGGCAGUUGCCCCGAUUAUGCCGGAAUCAUAACAGAGCCUACAGAGUCACAAAAGCCCAACCUGAGAGGGAAGACCCAGAUGGAGCCAGAGCUGAUGGCCAGAACCUCCUGCCUUCCCAACCCUGCCUGCUCUGAGGGCUGUCCAGCUCGCCAGGCACUGCCCCCACAUUGACCGUUCUGUUCAGAAAAAAGUAAAGCACUGCAAUCCUUGUCUCUCAA